UGCUUCCAGUCGCUUUCUGUCAGCAGGAGCCGGAGGAGAGACCAGUCCACCAGCGCGCUCCUGAAGCGAGGAACCCGACGAGCAUUUCCAGGAGCGAAACCUUUUCUCCACCUCCGCUGCAGCGAGAAUUUAUAAAUGUGAGCUUUCGUUCUCCGUGUAUCUGCUGCGAGUCUUCAGCAUGCCGAAGUUAGUUUGAGGAACUUUGUUUUGGGGGGGAGCUUUUACGCGCAAGGGUCUCCAGAAGAUCUCUGCAUGCCCUUGGUGAAAUAUAAAUAGCGUCGCCUCUCGGUUUUUUCUUUAUAUCACCAAAAAACAUGUUUUCCUACGAGAUGUUCAUCUGCGUCCUGGCCAUCGCCUGUCUCUUGGAGAUCCCCCGAGGCACCUCGGCCGCGUCCUGCGAGCCCAUCCGCAUCCCCAUGUGCAGGUCCAUGCCGUGGAACAUGACCAAGAUGCCCAACCACCUCCAUCACAGCACGCAGGCCAACGCGGUGCUCGCCAUCGAGCAGUUCGAGGGGCUCCUGGGCACCCAGUGCAGCCCGGACCUGCUGUUCUUCCUGUGCGCCAUGUACGCGCCCAUAUGCACCAUCGACUUCCAGCACGACCCCAUCAAGCCCUGCAAGUCCGUGUGCGAGCGGGCCAAGUGCGGUUGCGAGCCGGUCAUGAAGAAGUACAACCAUACGUGGCCGGAGAGUCUGGCCUGCGAGGAGCUGCCCGUGUACGACCGAGGAGUCUGCAUCUCACCUGAGGCGAUAGUCAAGGCGGAGGGGCCAGAUAACCCGUACUAUCAAGACCCUUCAAAAUGUAACCCUGAAGGAAACCCAGACUUUCCAAUGGAUUCACAUAAUACCAACUGCAAAGGAGCUAAUGAUCGGUGCAAGUGCAAGUCUGUGAGGCUUGUUCAAAAGACAUAUUCAAAGAACAAUUACAAUUACGUCAUCCGGGCGAGAGUGAAAGAGAUCAAGACCAGAAAUCAUGACCUGAGUGCCAUCGUGGAGGUCAAAGACGUCCUGAAGUCUUCUCUGGUCAACAUCCCUCGAGACACCGUCACUCUUUAUUAUAACUCCGGGUGUCUGUGUCCUCCGCUGGCAGCCAACGAGGAAUAUAUCAUCAUGGGUUACGAAAAUGAGGAAAGGUCCAGGCUGCUGCUCAUUGAUGGAUCCAUUGCGCAGAAGUGGAAAGACAAAAUGGGCCGGAAAGUAAAGCGCUGGGACCUGCUUUUGCGUGAGCAGAGCCGAGUGAACUCGGGCAGGAGCAACACGAGACGGAGCCGCCACUAACCGUCUGUCCUUAAGAAAAACCACACGGACAAUCCCGAGGAGGAGAGGAAGGUUCAAAAAAAAAAACUGAAAAAUUGCACUAUUGUACUUUUUGUUUUUCAUUUUUGGCUGAGACUUUGUGUUUUUAUUGUUGUUAUAUUCUCAUAAACAAAAUGUUGCCUUUGCACAAACAAAAUGUUGGUUUGACAUUGCUCUGUAUGCUUGUUGGGAAAGGGUGGAAUGAACGGGAGGAGGGAGGAGUGUUGAGGGCCCAAAGAUGCCAGUGCGCUUCGACGUGACGCAGCACUCCAUUGAGCUCGCUGUGUGCAAAAGCAACAGACGCGCUCUCAUCGCAAACUGCAGCUGCGCCGAAUUUCCCCCUCAGGAGGUUUAACCGUUCUUCCGAAGAACAAUGAAGAACGGCGCGGGGGAGAGAGAGAGAGAGAGAGAGAGUGAGAGAGAGAGAGAGAGAAAGUGAGAGAGAGAAUCUUUUGGCAGGAGCACAGAGACGUCGAGAUGAUCCAAGGCUGGGAGCGUGUAACAUUAUCGUGGACGACGAAAACAAGCUGUUGGGCUUUCUGAAUGAUGUUCAUUUUAAAAAAAAAAAAGAAAAAAAGCUUUUUACAUGAUAAUUUCUGUAGUUCUGUUCUCUCGUAGAUAUGCUUGAUCUUAAGUGUCAGCUGCAUUUGCAAGCGUCAUGCGAUUAAAAUGGCCAUCAAUGUACAAACUGUACAUGACGCUUCAGAAUCCACCGCGCGUCCAUUAUCGGCCUGUAACCCGGUUUGCAUCUAGCUGAAGACGUGACCAUUAAUGUAUGCAUUGUUGAUGACACCAGUUUCACAAACAGACAUUUUGUCUUCCAAGACGAACAAGAAUAUUUCUUCACUGUACUUUCGGUUCAAGUAAAGAUCUUUAAUCUUAA